UUCCUUGUAAACCUUGCCAGCUGAUAUUUAAACUAUGUCACACAGUUUUAUUUGUGCUUGUUUCAAAUAUAAAGAACAAACACAUCUGACCAGAAAUGAGGAUAUAUUUAAUAUGGAUAUGCGUUAUUUGGGAUGGCCCAAAUGAAACAAAUGCACAGAAUACUACACUGUCAUUGCCAUCGGCAUUUCUAGGCUUUCAACUAUCAAUGUCGUGUGAGUUCACAGAAGCCACUCUAGGUUUCACAUGGGUCAGGAGUUCAAACAGUACCGCGUUUUUCACGUCAGUUGGAUCUAUAUAUAACGUGUUUAGUGGUUCGCAAUGUGUGCCGCCUGACCCUGAAUUAGCGCCGAACCCUUCUCUAUACAGCUUCAGCUGUCCCAGCACAUCUAGACAAACAUUGACAAUAAAGAAUGUGACCUUGGGUAACCAUGGCGAAAGAUGGCAAUGUGGAGCAUUCCCACUGAGCGGAGGAAGGUCUUACAGCAAUUAUGUCAUUUUAAGUAUUCUAGUCCAUAUCAGCAAAUUAGAAAUGUCACCAAACGUUGAUCCAGUCUCAUUGAUUGUCAAUCAGUCGGCGCAGUUUACAUGCACCAGUGACUUCGGUAGACCUACUCCAUUCGUUUACUGGUUUAUUGACGAUAAAACAAAUAAGGAGUCCAUUAUCAACAUCACUACUUUAUCCGUAAUAACCACACUGAGUGAGAACGCUACUAUCAGCACACUGGCUUUCAUGCCUUCGAAAACUUACCAUAACAUGCGUUUAUACUGCUCUGGAAACAACGGUGGACCAACAGUCAGUUCUUCAUUGAAACCAUUAUUGAAUAUUUUAUUUGGACCUACACAACAUGAAUUCAACUACAAUGGUUCAAUGGUUGCUGGAUCUUUGGCUGUCUUAUCUGGAAUGUCCUUCCUCCUUACAUGCAAGAGUAGCGGUAAUCCUCCGCCGGCUUUUACAUGGACAUAUCCUGGAGGUACAGCAACAGGUGAAAAUCUUGUGAUAUCAAGAAAGGGGUCUACAACACGACGGUAACUACACGUGCAGUUCUCGCAAUACUAUGACGCCUUCGAUUGGUUCCAUUAGAUCUGAAACGACAUAUUCUUCGAUAUCUGUACAAGUGAAUGUUCCAAUUACACACGUUGAAAUGGCGUAUCCAACAUCAAACAUGGUGUUCAUCGAAGAUAAUGACUCCACCACACUAGAAUGUAAAACAUCACCAGGAAAACCUGUCGCCAUCAUAAAGUGGUACAAAGACAAUAGAACACCAGAGAAUAACAAAGAUGAUGUAGAAAUGUCGUCUUCAAGUGUACAAUCGCUUCCAGACGGAGUCAUUAAAAGUGUCCUUAAUUACACAGCCACACGCGGUGAUGGCGACAUGAGAAUAUAUUGCACGGGGAACAACAUCGGGCAAACUCUUACGUCAAACAGACAUGCUAAACUUAUAAUCGCCUCUUCUCCUGACGUGCCGUCAUCUGUUGCGGUCACCAAAGUUGCAUCAACGUCUGUAAGGGUUUCCCUCCGCUACCUGUCUACAGGACAUAUGCUUCAAUGGUUUAUUAUUGAAGUAAACAAAGAAGACAGUGAAUGGAUUAAACAAUCUGUGUUAGCUGCAUUUUUCAAUCUUAGCUCCUCUGAUGUUUACUUCGAAUUGACAAUGUUGGAACAGUCAACACAGUAUAGUAUACGAGUUUACGCAGAAAACAUCUUAGGUCAAAGUGGACCUUCAGAUAUCGUAUCAUUUAAAACAUUGGCUACAGAAGCUUCGGAUUCACCCAAUACGUCUCCCCAGUCAUUUAGCGUGGGUGCAAUAAGCGGAGGUGUUGUCGGAGGUGUUAUAUUAGGAUUCUUUCUCGGAAUCCUAGGAUCGUGGAUUAUCAUGAAUCGAAGAACUAACUCCCAAGGAGGUAACCAACCUGGGCCCAAAAUCACGUCAGACAAUUUAUCAGGAAGUGAUGAUGCCCAUUCGUCAAGACCACCACAUCCUGCGGACAGAAUUCAACGUGUAACUUACUCUCAAAAUUCACACGAUAAUGAACACCUUCGAAGAGUUCAUGCUUCAACUGUUAAAGCAUACGAGAACGCGGAUAUAAGUGAGGAAAACGAAAGAAAGACAAAAGCGAAUACAGAAAUGCGCCUCAGGGAAUCGACGCCGCAUGCAAUGUAUGAAUCUAUUGCGGUCGACAAUCGAGGAAAUCAAGAAUUCGAAAUGAUAAAGACGUCAGGAAUAUAACUCAUAAUUAGACCGUUUAAUCUAAUUUCGUGAAUACUACAC